AUGGAAACCUCUUUGCAGCUGCACAACGAUUUCUUCCCUCCCCAGCAGCAGCAGCAGCAGCAGCAGCUCCAGCACAGUAAGUACCAGCAGCAGCACUAUUGCAGGAGAGACGAUCGGCUCGGCCAACAACAGCAGCAGCGGCACGACCAGUGCUGCACCUGCAACUAUUGCACCUGUGACGCGAGGAAAAGCCUCGUUUUCCGCGGGACGUCGCCAACCACUGUGGGAACUUUGAGGACGCCUUCGGAAACGUCUUCGAGGCAGGGCUGCCACUAUAGCGUCUGCGAGUUCACACCUUCUAGUCAUGGUAGUUCAUCCAGACAUCAUCCUCCUCCUCCACCACCACCACCUCCUCAUCAUCAUCAUCAUCCUCCUCACCCUCAGCUGCAGCAGCAGCAGCAGCAGCGGGGCAGCAUCAGCCUGGGCAGCAGCAGCCUGCACAAAGACAGUAACUCCUACAAUGAAAUAGCCAUGAGCAGCUGCAGAUACAACGGCGGCGUCAUGCGGCCGCUGAGCAACUUGAGCGCGUCCCGCAGAAACAUACACGAGUUUGAUUCCGAGUCCCAGCCUUUGCAGCCCAUCUCCGCCGCAGAUGCGUCGGACACUCUAGCGUCCAAGCCGGAGAACAAUUCCAGCAGCCUGAUGCCUUACGCAUCGGGGGACGGAGCAGGGGGCUGCGGCCACAGCGGCGGUGGAGGAGGAGGAGGUGGUGGUGGCAAAUCGGGUAAAAAGAAGAACCAGAACAUUGGGGAGAAGCUCGGGCACCGGAGGGCCUUGUUUGAGAAGAGGAAGCGGCUCAGCGACUAUGCUUUAAUCUUUGGGAUGUUUGGGAUCGUUGUUAUGGUUAUAGAGACUGAACUCUCAUGGGGAGCCUAUGGAAAGGAGUCCCUGUAUUCAUUAGCUCUAAAAUGCCUGAUAAGCCUUUCUACAAUCAUUCUCCUGGGGCUGAUCAUCAUAUACCACGCCAGAGAGAUACAGUUAUUUAUGGUGGACAACGCAGCUGAUGACUGGAGGAUAGCCAUGACAUAUGAGCGCAUCUUCUUCAUCUGCUUGGAGAUCCUGGUGUGCGCAAUCCACCCCAUCCCAGGGAACUACACCUUCACCUGGACCGCACGCCUGGCAUACUCCUAUGUGCCAUCAAAGACAGAUGCAGACGUGGACAUCAUCCUGUCUAUACCUAUGUUCCUGCGGCUGUACCUCAUCGCUCGUGUCAUGCUGCUGCACAGCAAGCUCUUCACGGACGCCUCCUCCCGCAGCAUCGGAGCACUCAACAAAAUUAACUUUAACACACGCUUUGUGAUGAAGACCCUCAUGACCAUCUGUCCCGGCACCGUGCUGCUGGUCUUCACCAUCUCGCUGUGGAUCAUUGCUGCAUGGACUGUGCGAGCCUGCGAGAGGUACCAUGACAACCAGGACAUAACCAGCAACUUUCUAGGAGCCAUGUGGUUGAUCUCAAUCACGUUUCUUACCAUUGGAUAUGGAGAUAUUGUUCCAAACACAUACUGUGGGAAAGGGGUCUGCCUCCUGACUGGCAUCAUGGGUGCUGGCUGCACGGCUUUGGUCGUAGCUGUGGUCGCAAAGAAACUGGAAUUAACCAAAGCUGAAAAACAUGUCCACAAUUUUAUGAUGGACACCCAGCUAACAAAAAGAGUGAAAAACACAGCUGCGAACGUUCUCAGGGAGACGUGGCUCAUUUACAAGAACACUAAACUGGUGAGGAAGAUGGACCACGCCAAAGUCAGGAAGCAUCAGAGGAAAUUUCUCCAAGCCAUUCACCAAGCUCGAAAAUUGAGAAGUGUUAAAAUGGAGCAACGCAAGCUGAAUGACCAAGCAAACUCUCUAGUGGACCUUGCUAAGACUCAGAACAUCAUGUAUGACAUGAUUUCGGACUUGAAUGAGCGAGGCGAGGACAUGGAGAAGAGGAUCGCCCUGCUGGAGACAAAGCUUGAGACUCUACUAAGUAACUUGCAGGCUCUGCCAGGACUCAUUAGCCAGAUCAUCAGCCAGCAGCACAGGGACUUCCUGGAGGUGCAGCUCCAGCCUUAUGACAAACACAGUCCUGAGCGCUCACAGUCGGUGUCCCGGCGGAGGUCGUCCUCCACUGCACCACCCACCUCCUCUGAGAGCAGCUAGAGUCCAAGGGGAAUGCCUCCACUGAAGACUUUUGCCAUCAUAUGGCCAAGUUGCAUUUAUCGUAAAGCCUUAUGGUUUCAAUACGUAUUAUCCAAAUUCUGAUGACAGAAUCCAAGAUACUGGGGACAAUGCAUUUUAAAGGAUAACUUCAUGCUGUUAUUUGUUUUUUAUUACCUCAAAAGAUGUUGUUAUCCUUGCUCUGGUGACAAGACCUCAAAUAAUGGCGCUUCUCUCAGUAAAAACUUUAAGGCCUAUCGAUGGGGCUGUGAUAAGAACUCUUCUCCAUCUCUAUGCAGAGGUAGCCAGGUUUAGAUGGCAAGGUUAACCAGUGUGAAACUAUUGCACUAAAAUAGUGCUUCUCACAGACUUUGUGCUUCUGCAGGCUUGAUUCACUUUCAGUGUCCCUCAAAGCAAACUAAGAAACUGCUGAGAAAUCAGUCAGGGAUCAGUCAACAAUGGUGAGGAAAAAUGCUAUGAUUGAUGGCCUGGAGUGAACUGACAGCAGGCAGAAUUUAAGGCAGAUGAAAUUCACUACUACACACUGUCACUCAGAGAUAACUUAAAAGGCUUGAAAGGAGCGGGAAAAAAAACAUAUAUCUUUUAGGUUAGAAACAGCAUCAACUAUAGCAGUUUUCUUUUUGCAGAGUGGCCCUGUAGAAUGACUAUUUUGGGGGUGACAAUGCAAAUAAUUUACUCCUCUAGUCAAAGUGAAUGCAUUAAAAUCUGUACUUGCACUUAAUUUUUAACCAAUGCACUUCAAUGCUGACUGACAUAUGAUAUAAAGAUGCGUUGUUCAUUAAAAGAAGAACAUUUGAGAUGUUUGGGCAUGGGUUUAUUCUUGUCAGUUCUCAAUGUGACUAACGUCGAUGACUCAAGUCAAAGCCCUUCCUUCUGUUUUUCGUUUUUUUGUUUUGUUUACAAGAAAGCAUUAACUUGGACCUGCAGAAAUCUGCAGAAAUGUACUGCGUGUUCAUAAAAUCUGUAAUCACCC